AUGACAGAGGUGGUACCGUCCAGUGCCCUUGGUGAGGUCAGCCUGCGCCUCCUGGGCCAUGAUGACAUAGACACCGUCAAGCAUCUCUGUGGCGACUGGUUCCCCAUCGAGUACCCAGACUCAUGGUAUCGUGACAUCACGUCCAACAAGAAGUUCUUCUCCCUCGCUGCCACAUACAGAGGUGCCAUCGUGGGAAUGAUAGUAGCUGAGAUCAAAAGUAGGACCAAGAUACAUAAAGAGGAUGGAGAUAUUCUAGCCUCCAGCUUUUCUGUGGACACCCAGGUUGCAUACAUCCUGAGUCUGGGAGUAGUGAAGGAGUUCCGGAAGCACGGCAUAGGCUCCCUUUUACUUGAAAGUUUGAAGGAUCAUAUAUCGACCACCGCCCAGGACCACUGUAAAGCCAUCUACCUACACGUCCUCACCACCAACAACACAGCAAUAAACUUCUAUGAGAACAGAGACUUUAAGCAGCACCACUAUCUGCCCUACUACUACUCCAUCCGGGGGGUCCUCAAAGAUGGCUUCACCUACGUCCUCUACAUCAAUGGUGGCCACCCUCCAUGGACGAUCUUGGACUACAUCCAGCACCUGGGCUCCACUCUCGCCAGCCUGAGCCCCUGCGCCAUCCCCCAACGGCUCUACCGCCAGGCCCACAGCCUGCUCUGCAGCUUCCUUCCCUGGUCCAGCCUCUCAGCCAAGGGCAGCAUCGAGUACAGCCGGACCAUGUGA